CGCGCUACCUGGUCUUUACUCCAUUUUAGGGUUCUUGGAGGGGAUUUGUAGGUUAUCUAUUGCCCGCGCGAUCGCUGCGGUCGCCCGGGAGACGGCGCUGGGGUAGCCUUGAUCGGCAUUCUUGGAGUUCUUGGAGCUGGACAAGGUAAUGGGAAUUUCUGGGCCUUCUCCGCCGGCAAGUCGCAUUGACAACGAAAGUUUUCGCGCUCUCCGGGAUGUCCUUGGCAGCGAUGUGUGCGACAUGGAUCUCGUUCACGCGCUACACUUGUCGAGGAACGAUCUCCAAAUGGCCGCGCACAUUGUGCUUGAGACUCCGGGUUUUAGAAAUAGGAAGAAGCAGGGUGCGGUUUCUUCGACAAACAGUGCCAAGGCGAGGAGCCCCAGCGUUGGGAAAUCGUCGAUGACAGGGAGCUCUACCGUGACAACGAACUCUGCGGCAAAACCUUCCAGUGGAUCGCCAAGAACUCCCGCAAAAGCUGAGGCUGGUAGGACAACAAUGAGUGCCGAGGUGAGCACUGAUAGCGGAACAGGAAACUUAGAUGAUUCGGGAGUAGAAAAUGGAGGCAACGAAGUAGAUAGUGAAGCCAACGAUGGUAAGGUUGGAGGAGGGACCAAAAAGAGAAAGGCUGAAGGAGCAAAGAAUGCCGAGGUGAAGGAAACAGAUGCCAAGGCGGUCGAGAGCUCCGGUGAGGCUGCCAGGGGAGAUGGCGAGUCUGUUUCUAGCGCCUUAGCAGGGCUUUCGAUCGGAGAUUGUCCCUUGGAUUCCCGAAAGCUCGCGAUAAAGCUAGAUACUGUGGACGCUGGUUGUGAUUCCGUGAGAGCUGAAGCUUCGGAUUUUUCGGUGAAGAUCGAAGCUCGUUGUGAUGUAGAUGGCUCGGUGAAGAUGGAGACUGGUUUCGAUUCUGCGAAAGUCGAAGCUUCAAAUGGCUCAGUGAAGAUGGAGAGUGGUUUGGAUUCUGCGAAAGUCGAAGCUCCAAAUGGCUCAGUAAAGAUGGAGAGUGGUUUGGAUUCUGUGAAAGUCGAAGCUCCAAAUGUCUCGCUGAAGAUGGAACCGGGUUCUGUGAAAGUCGAAACUCCAGAAGAUGGUAAAGCUGCCUAUUCAUCUGGAGCUAAGGUUGCUCCAUUAACCUCUCCAUUAGCCAGUUGUACAGAAAAGCACUCGGUUGUUUUAGAUGCAGAGAGGUGGUGGCUCCUCGAAGAGACAGAAGUCGCUGGUUACUCGACUUCCAGAGGAUCCCGAAUUGGUGCUGGUGAUUUCGUGUCCUUCAACUUUCCCAAGCCUGUAGCUGAAAGUAAGAAGAAGUCCUUCGAACACAAGAAGCCUUGGGCUCGGCAGAAAGCAAGCUCCGACAUUGUAAGGUUCUCAACAAAAACUUCAGGAGAGAUAGGACGGCUUCCAGCUGACUGGGCCAAGUGUCUAAUACCUUUGGUUCGCUCGAAUAAAAUAAACAUACUGGGGAGGUGCAAAAUGGCACCAGAGGCACUCUCUCUUAUGAGCAGCAUAGUUCUCGAUUUGAGAGUUUACAUCAAUAAGUCGUUAUUUGUGAAAUACAAGAGAACAGUAUCGAUUGAAGAGACAACUUUUCGCCCUCUUCCGUCGUUGAUGGAGCUUUUAAAGAUGACUCCUCUUAGAAAGGCCCAGUUUACGCCAGAAGAUUUAAAUGUCUACACUUGUCGACGUCCAGAGGUAGUUUUAAGCCUGAUCAUGUGUGAGACAAUCUGCGACUUUUUUUUUAAACAGGAAGGGCCACCUUCAAAGCGUUCAAAAGUCGAGCAGAAGGAUACUGAAGAUAUGCCCGAUUCGGAGGUCGAUCAUGUGGUUGGCACCAGUGACAGUCGCGAACUGAAGGAAAUGGAGGAACCUGAAGGUCUAGAAUGCAAGCUGAGGCCUUACCAAAAGCAAGCUUUGUUUUGGAUGUCUCAACUGGAAGAUGGUGUCACUCAGGGAGACGCUGCUAAAGCUCUUCAUCCUUGCUGGUCUGAAUACCGUAUUGCGGAUAGACGAGCCUCUUCUUUUUACGUGAAUUCUUUUUCUGGCGAGGCAACACUGGACUUUCCUAGCGCACUCCAGGCUUCAAGAGGAGGGAUUCUCGCUGAUGCUAUGGGGCUUGGUAAAACGGUCAUGACAAUAUCUCUUUUGCUCUGCAAUCGCCGCAAAGGAUGUAAUACCUCUCAGGUGCAGCCAACAGUGGGAAAAACGAAGUCCUUUAAAAGUUCAAGUGUUCCAAAGGAGGGUGGCACUCUUAUAAUCUGUCCCAUGACUUUGCUUAGUCAAUGGCGGUCAGAGCUUGAAACGCACGUAUCUUCUGGCACUUUCUCUGUUUAUGCUUAUUAUGGACCUGAUAGAUCAAGAGAUUCCAAAACUCUCUCUAAGUACGAUGUUGUCCUGACUACCUAUGGCGUUGUUCAGUCGGAAUGCAACAAUAGCGGAGACGACGGACCAAUCCAUAACGUGAAUUGGUUUAGAGUUGUAUUAGACGAGGCUCAUUCUAUCAAGGCAAAUAAGUCUCGCGUUGCUCAGGCUGUUUUCAAGCUUGUGGCAGACCGCAGAUUGUGCCUGACUGGGACUCCUGUGCAAAACAAGCUCGAGGAUAUGUACAGUCUUUUCCAUUUUCUCCGGGUUGAACCGUGGUGCAACUGGGGAUGGUGGUAUAAGCUAAUUCAGAAGCCUUACGAAGAGGGGGAUGAGCGCGGAUUGAAACUUCUGCAGGCUAUUUUGAAGCCUUUAAUGCUUCGGAGAACAAAAGAUUCAACUGACAAAGAAGGAAGGCCAAUUCUUGUGCUCCCACCAGCUCAAUGUGAAGUUAUUGAAUGCAACCUAUCCGAGUCUGAGCGUGAUUUUUAUGAUGCCCUUUACCACAGAUCCAAGGUAAAAUUCGAUCAGUUCGUUCAAGAAGGUAAAGUUCUUCAUAACUAUGCGUCAAUACUCGAACUCCUACUUCGAUUACGGCAAGCUUGUGAUCAUCCUUUUCUUGUUCUGAGCCGUGGCGACACUGAAGACUACGCGGACCUUGGAAAGUUGGCUAGACGUUUCUUGGACAAGAACUCCUCCCAGGUCCCUUCGACGGCUUAUGUGAAAGAAGUGGUUGAUGAUAUUCGUAAAGGGGACACUGCUGAAUGUCCAAUUUGCUUGGAAAUGCCAGAGGACGCAGUUCUUACACCAUGUGCUCACCAAAUGUGCCGUGAGUGCCUAUUUAAUAGCUGGCGUACUAGCGCCGGAGGUCCCUGUCCAAUAUGCAGGCGUUCUUGUACUAAACAGGAACUUAUAACUGUACCUACGAGUAACCGGUUCCGAGUAAAUGUCGAGGAACAGUGGAAGGAGUCGUCCAAAGUCGAGGCCCUUCUGCAGCAGCUGGAAACGUUGCGUGAGUCGAAAAGCGUUGUUUUUAGUCAGUGGACAGCGUUUCUCGACUUGCUAGAGAUACCAUUGAAACGGAAGAACUUCCGUUUUGUCCGCUUGGACGGAACAUUGUCGCAGCAUAAGCGAGAACAAGUGCUGAAAGACUUCAGCAAUAUUCCAGACGUGGCCGUCAUGCUCAUUUCUCUCAAGGCAGGAGGCGUGGGACUCAACCUGACGGCCGCAUCGAACGCUUUUCUCAUGGAUCCUUGGUGGAAUCCUGCCGUGGAAGAACAAGCCAUAAUGAGAAUCCACCGUAUCGGCCAGACUCAAAACGUAUCGAUCAAGCGAUUCAUCGUCAAAGACUCGGUGGAGGAGAGAAUGCAACAAGUCCAAGCGAGGAAGCAGCGAUUGAUCGCCGGAGCUCUUACAGACGAAGAGGUGCGAAGCGCUCGAAUCGAGGAGCUCAAGAUGCUAUUUAGAUGAGAAGAAAGAACACAAGAGGAAGUCUGCGCAUUGUUUAACUUACCAAAGUUUUGUUAAUAUACAUAGAAAUGGGAAUAUCAUAGCAUAGCGUGGCAUAUUCUUCGGA